UGGAAGUUUGGAGGUGUUGUGUGGCUAUCGCAGGAGAGAGACUACAGAGCGCUUCUUAUUGCUGACACUCACCUGCGAAGCGUGACUUACCAGCUUUAGCAAGCCUACAAGGUCAAGACCAAAAUUAUAGCGCAGGCUAAAAUAAUCAUGCCCUACAACACUGCUCCUAUCCCUCCCCGGAAGGAGGCCACUGGUACUACCCAACUACCACUUUCCCGUGUAAAGAAGAUGAUACAAGUUGAUUCGGAUAUUCAUGCCUGUUCCAACUCUGCUGCUUUCGUCAUAACGGUUGCUACGGAGAUGUUCAUUCAGUACCUUUCUGAACAGGCACAUAAUGUCGUCCGCUCGGAGAAGAAGCCUCGCAGAAACAUUCAAUACCGAGAUCUUGCAAAUGCUGUGGCUCACCAUGAUAAUCUGGAGUUCCUUGUUGAUAUUGUCCCAAAGACAAUCCCUUACAAGGAAGCCAAGAAGAUCGCAUCAGGGCCCAGCAAAACGAAUGGCGAGAGUUCCGUCGAGGUCGGCCAAACCACUCUCGAUAUAUUGAAGCCUACUGCGAACGGCACUAAUGGAUUUGGAGCCCAUGAUACCUCAUUAGAUGAUGACGAGGCUGAUGAUCCUAAUGCGCAGCUGGAGAAGGAGAGUCGCCGCGUUCGAUUGAGCACGGGGUCUACCAUCUCUGAAAGUCAGAACCAGGGCCAAGAUGUUGAGAUGAAUUGACCUGGCUUAUUUCAAGCAGCGUUCACGAAUGAGUCAUGACU